AUUAAAUGUGAAGAGGGUAUCGAUGUGUCUCACUGCAAACUGGGCUUCUGUCAUGACGGGACCUACAGGUGUUCCGUGGAAGCUCCGAGGCCGGUUACUACUGCUGCUUGUAGUGCUGCCUCAGCUAAGUCUAAGCCAACAAGUCUGUGACCAGGCGCUUGGUCUAGAGUCAGGAGAAGUUAAAAGAGAGCAGCUGAAAUCUUCCAACACACGGGCGGAUCUAGAUAAAGAAUAUGGGCGUUACAAUUGUUGUUCAGAACAGUUAUUUGCUGCGUGGUGCCCUAGUAAUUUGACGGAGGAGAACUGGUACGAAGUGUCAUUCGAUGGACCCAAAAAUGUAACAGGUCUUAAGGUGCAGGUUCCCGUCAACAAUGUCUCAACACACGACCCUUACCUCACGGAAUUCUUUGUCUUCCUGGAAUACGCCUCUGGGAAGCUGGGUAGUCUGGAGUUGUUUCAACUUCCUGGAAAUGUUUCCAUUUUCGAAACAAGUAAAACAGACAAUGAGACGGAAUUCACUUGGCGAGGAGAAAUGGUGAGGAGAAUUAGGAUUGUGAUCAAAAACUACACGUCUGAACCCUGCUUCAGAUUUGAAGUCAUUGGGUGUCCCGUCGAUACCAUUUCAGAAAAUGUGGUUCCUGUUGGAAUUGAAGAACCUAAAGUCGAGUUCAGCUUCCGCAGCCUGUCUUCCAUGUCGAUGGAAUGUACCGUGCAGAAUGAGAACGUCUACAGUAUACAGUACUGGAUGACCUGGACAGUGAAUGGCCGGCAAAGAAGACGAGACUUACUGAGUCCUGGCGUAAGCAGGUCCACGUUGAUGCUGUCUGCUCAAGACUUCAACUCAUUAAGUGCCAAGAUUGAGUGUUCUAUAGAGGCAUGCUAUAGAUCAGACUGUGCCAAUAUCACCAGCACCAAAGUAAACAGUCCCCCAUUCAAACCCGAAGUCAUUGUCACAAGUGGUGAAUCCAUAACAGUAAAGGAGGGUGGUAAGGCGGGAGAGAUCAAAAUAAAGGCCACUGUUCCACCCCCUCUUUUCUGUUUGGCUGCUGGAAAAGACAGUGAUUGCACAGCUGCUGUAAGAGUCACCACAGAAUCAUUAGAAAGAAACCCACCAACAUGUUCACAAGAUUUAGAGCCAGCUCAGAUUGUGUUCUCUGAGAAAGAAGGUUCAACUGAGUCGUGUAAUGUGAAACUUACUGAGGAUAACUGGAGGCAGGAAAUCAGUAUUCCGGUGCAGGCUGCUCAGGAUGGGGUCAUUGACGGAAAUCAACGAGUCCAGGUGUCCCUGACCAACAGAAUCGACACUGUCACUGACAUCAACACCGUCAAAACAGUGGAGGUUACAGCGGAAGAUUCGGAUAUAGGAGCCAGAUGUGCCCUACUUAGUUUAGGACAAGUCAAAACGUUUGAUAGCACCUUGUACCACACUCACCAGCCUGGAGAAUUCAUCCUGUAUAAACAUACCAAAUACCCCAUACAGGUGAAUGUCUUUGUCAAUGACUGUGGCCCAGGCUUUCUGUGUACCUGUGGAGUGUCUGUCAGGGUGGGCGAUGAUGUAAUCCGUGUCAGUAACUGUGAAGGCAGUCCGAUGAUGAGGAAGCCUCUGCUGAAACAGCUGUUCUAUCGAGUACCUGUAAAUGAGGACUUCCGAGUCAUCGCCGCGGAUUCAGGAGACUCAAUCACAAUUGUUUUACCAAGUGGGACAUUCCUCAAAGUAAAGGAAACCUUCAAGAAUUCACUUGACCUCUGGCUGUAUCCAUCUUUACAAGAUUUCAACAUGACACACGGGUUAUGUGGCAGUUAUGAUGGCUCAAUGAAUGAUGACUUGCUUCUCAAAAAUGGAUCCACUUACACAAAUUCUGGUUCCAAGUAUCUUCAGGAUUUUGCUUCAGAUUGGCGUGUUGCUAGUGAGGAGAGUUUGUACACAGGUAUCUGCCCUGGGUUAAAAGUCUCCCAGGGACUGCCAGAAAAUGAGGUGUGUGACUGUUCAGGAACUGAUGUGUUCAGGUGCGGGGUGUGGAACCUCAACCGGGAUUGUCAGGCAUACAGAAAAUAUCAAACAGGAGAGGACUACACGGACCAGAUGUUUAGAGCCGGUCUUUAUGCCAAAAACUGUCGUCCCAAUGCUACCAUUCCGAGAUUUAAGCAGAUUGAUUACGUACCAAAGCAAGAUUACCAGUUUGUUCAAGAUGAGGGCCUGUUUCCUACAGGAUGGACAGCACAGUCAGCUAACGACAGCUGUGUGAAACACAUACAGAAUUCUACAGUCUACAGUGCCUGUAGGAGUGUGAUAGACGUAGAUGACCAACACUUUGUGGACGUUUGUGUCGAGAAUAUCAGGAUAUCCAAUGAUUCGUCAUGGAUGAUGACGGUAGAUUCUCUGAUGGAGGAGGCGUGUCUGUAUCAGUUAGACAGGAACUCCAGUGUGGGCGUGGUCGUGUCCGAUGUGAAGGCCAGCCUCUGUCCAGGCAACUGCUACAACAACGGACAGUGUGUCGAUGGGAAAUGUCAGUGUAAUGAGGAAUUUUUUGGCUACAACUGUAAGAUGAACAAGACGGCUCCUCCCACUCUGACCUUUCUCCCCGCUGAGGGACUUUGUAACACCGUUAGGAGCACCUGUAAGCAGGUGGCGGUGUACGGAGACUCCUUCAUCAACAGUCCAGAACUUAAAUGCUUUGCUGAGCCAGUAACAAUAUUUACAUCCCCAAGUCAAGGCGGCUACAACAGAAGUGGGGCGGUGGAAGAAGUUCCUGUAGUUUUCAGAUUUGUGAGUUCCACUGAAGUGAGAUGUGCCCUGCCAACUGGGGAUACACCCUACUUGAUAUCAGUCAGCAAUGUCAACUCCACCACCAUGCGAUCCGCUCCUUUGUUAUGGGUUCCCUACAAUCCAGCCUGCUACAAUUGCUCUUCCAAAUCUGAAUACUGCUUCAUGAAGGCUGAUGUUUGUGUGAUUGAUGGAGGUUGUUAUCUGAACAUGUCAGAAAACGCCAGGGAUCCCUCUCAAGUUUGUGACCCACGGAAUAGUCAAACCCAAUGGUCUAACAGGACAAGUUUGUGCCCCUUUUCUAUGAUGCAGUGGUCAGAAAUGAAUUCCUCAGCUCUGCCUUUCUUUAAUGACAAAACCAUCCCCAAUGUUGCUACUCUGGGGGACUGUCGUAAGGAAUGUGUGGCUGAGAACCAGUUUAGGUGUCAGUCUGUUGAGUACAAUGCCAAGACAAUGGAGUGUCAGUUAUCACGAGUGCAGGUUCGCGAGGCAGAGAGCUAUUUACAGUCUGGGUACUUCAGUGAAGACUGGACUUACAGCCACUGGUACUGCACAAAAGAUCCAUGUCCAUCCAAGAAGAUUGAAUGGAAUCGGCUGGCAAGUUAUGAUGGAUAUUUCACCCCGGACAAUGACCUUGACAUUCUGUACGACGUGUGGAGGUAUAAUGACUGCCAGGAAUUGUGUGAAGUUGAACCAGCUUGCCGAGCCAUCAAAUUCUCACCAGAGAGGGGGAUAUGUAUACUGUCUGAUGGAGCAUUGAAAGUGGAUAAGGCCAUAGGAACCUAUCAGGGCUACCCUGGCUGGGAGUACCACUCCUUCUCCUGUCAAGAAGAGAAAGAACAGGGACCCACUGUGACUGCUGCUGAAGUAAAGCUGGCGUACCUGGGUCCAGGUAAAGAUGAAGUCAUGUGUGACUUUGACCGAUUGGAGAGUACAAGGGGAAUUGAAUACUACAUCCUGUGGAGGGUUGAUGGGAAAUAUUUAUAUGAAGAUACCAAUGUUACGGAUCAAAAACUUCCCUCCAAUCUGGCAAACAGCAUUCAGGAUGGAACAAAAAUCUCGUGCUCAGUGAGUGCGUGUUACAAUGAUUCUUGUGACUCCACCCGAGGAAAACUCGUCACCUCUCCUGAAUACGAAGCCACAUUACAGAUUAGUGGCAAAGACAAUAUCGAUCUUCCAGAGGGAGCAGAUCCAGAAAUGUACGAGAUCAUCCCCACAGCCCCUCCCUAUGUUCUGUGUAGAAACUUAUCUCUGAGUGCCCCUGACAACUGUAGUAUUGAACUCAGCACCAAAACUCCCCUGAACAGCAGUGAACUCACGUGCCCAGGAGGAAAAGUCAUCAAACAGAUGGCUGUCAAAAUGUAUCUUCAGUCCGAUAAACAGAAAUCUCCAGUCUGCUCCAUGAAGAUCACCAAUGACAACUGGAGGACAGCUCGCUACGGGGUACAACUGAAGGCCACAGUGGACAACAAGUAUGAUGGCGAUCACGUCAGAGAAAUGACCCUGAUGGCUGAUUAUCUUGUGAACAACAACAGAGAGAAAGAAAAUGUCACAAAGAAAUCUGUUAAGGCGAAUGUGGUAGACAGAGACAGAAAAGGCCUGUGUAUAUCUGUUAACGAUCCUCAUAUCACCACAUUUGAUAGCAGGUACUUCAACAACUACUUUGAGGGUGAAUACGUCUUGUAUCGACAUAAGACACUUCCAUACCAAGUGAACACAUUCUACAGACGAUGCAAUGGCCGGGCUUCCUGUAACUGUGCUGUCGCUGUCAGGGCUGGAGACGACGUUUUGUUGGUGGACAAGUGUGGUCCGACAGAGUCCAGCACAGGAGGAUUUUAUCCAAUCACAAUUAGACUUUUCAGAAACGGUAUCCUGACACCAGGAUUCAAGAUCUUCAGUUAUUAUGAAGGACGUAAGAUUAAGGCCAUCUUGCCUUCUGGAACAACGGUCAACAUUAAGCGCAGCGUGAUCAGGGGACAGAACUUCCUCAAUGUCUGGCUAAAAGCUUCAGCCACCGAUUACAGCAGAACCGAGGGACUUUGUGGUACAUUUAAUGACAACAUGGAUGAUGAUCUUACCAUGCCAAAUGGAACGGUUUCCAUGGAAACUACAAAACAGGCAAAUGAAUUCUCUCUCAGUUGGAGAGUGGAUCCUAAGAAGACUAUCUACACAGGGGUUUGUCCCACAGAGGGAGCUGUUCAGGAGGCAGCCACUCAGGAAGCUUACUGCUUCUGCGACCAAUCCAAUGACUGUGCACCAGGAAAUGAUGUCACUUCCUGUCCAUUUGAAUUUGAUGGUUCAGAGGACAUCACUAGUUCUCUGCUGCUGAAAUCAUUGUUUCCUACCAAGUGUAAUAAAGAGCUAGCCAUGCUGACUUACCAAUACCCAGACUUUGAGUACACACCCAGUGAUGUACCAGAGGUGUUUGGCUGGCCAACUAGGAGUGGAAUGUCACAGACAAUUGUCAGAAUCAUCUGUGGUGCCUUUGUUCAGGAGUCAGAUGCAGCCCAGGCCUGUAAAGACAUUCCUGGAGUGGAUGAUGUGGCAGCCACAGAGAACUGUGUGGAGGAUAUUCAGAUCACUGAUGAUAGUCGAUGGGGCAUGACGGCUGUGGAGAAUAUUAAGGAGAUGUGUGAGGUGCAUCUGACAUACAACAUCAGUCUCUGGACAACAGAUGCAGGGGAACCGAAGCCCAGUCCUCCAUACGAUGUCAUUUCAAAGCUGUGUGUAGCAGAGUGUUCCAGUGCUGGGACCUGCACAAACAGAACGUGUAAUUGUAACGAUGACAGAGCUGGCUUGGACUGUUUUGUGGAGAAGUCGACUCCUCCGAACUUAUUCUAUCUGGGUGGCAAUGGUCUGUGUGAUUUGAGAACCAGUCCAUGUAACCUUAUAACCAUCUACAAUAACAACACAGAAAAUAGUCCUAUGCUGGACUGUCAGCUCCGGAAGUUAGAGCAAAAUGACACUGGUUUUGAUGUGGACCAAACAAGUACACAGUUAGUCCCAGCCACAUACGUAACAUUCAACGAGGUGGAAUGUGUCCCGCCCACUGUCGGAAGUUAUGAGGUGAAGAUCAGUAACAACGGAGCCAAUCAAGCGAGUGGCAGCAGUGGCCCCGCCUACUUCCUGGUUUAUGACUCUCUGUGCUUUGAUUGUAAUAUCAACACUCUCACUUGUGUACAGAAGACCACAGCCUGUUUGAUUGAUGGAAAUUGCUAUGAACCCGGGGAGUUUAAUCCACAGAAUUCCAGAGAGUUCUGCGAUCCAAAUGUCAACCACACAACAUGGCAACAGGCUGAUGAUUCUUGUGAAUUGCUUGAUUUGGAAUGGAUGACAUACAAAUUAAAGAAACUGAGUCCAGAUUUCCAAAUUGAGUCUGUGGAUCUGGAUGGAAACUUCAGUCGCUGUGACAGGGCCUGUCUGGAUUACUACGAUAAUCCGGUUUGUCACAGCUACGACUUCGACAACUCCACAAACAACUGCACACUCAUGAAAUCUGAUUACAUCUCCAUGGCAACAAGACUAGAGGAUUCAACCGAUAAUUUACAUAGAGAGUGGCAAUGUCACAAUGAUCCAUGCGGGAAAAGAGGAAUUACCUGGAGCAAAACUCCGGGCUAUGCCAUCGACGAAUACGACGAUAAAACAAUAAACAAUGUCCUGACUGCCACGAGGUGUAAACAGCUGUGCUUGACAGAGAAGUCAUUCCUGUGUAGAUCUAUGGAGUACUUGUCAGUGAUGGGAAAGUGUGUGUUGUCCAAAUCACGACGGGGGAAUGUGGCGCCAUCUAACUUCAUCAGGUGGCCAGGCUAUGUGUAUCACGAAUGGUCCUGUAAAUCAGGCAAUGAUUUCCCUAUACUGUCUGCCAACCCAGAGAUGAUGAUCGCUCGUCAGGGAGAAAACACGACCCUGAAAUGCAAGUUUGUCUCAGUAAACCAAUCUGAGGAUCUCCUGUACACAGUGCGAUGGAUCAUUAAUGGUCGAGUUGUGGAAGAGGAGAUACUACACAACCUGACAGGAAAUGUGGAACUGUACCUAAACACCACACAUCUUCAUAGUCACAAGUUCGGAACUAAGUUUGCCUGUGGUGUGUCUGUCUGUUUGUCCAGCAACUGUAACACUACAUUAGGAGCCUUCAGGAGAAGUAAACAGUUUGAGAUUAAACUAGAGGGGACCCCAGAAACAUCCUUGACCUUAACUGAGGGCAAACCUGGUAAGACAGUGUCAGCUCAGGUAACAGUCCCUCCCUCCUUCCUGUGCCCCCCAGACACCCCCCGGGGCGAGUGUUCUAUUCUUGUCUCUGGUCGAGCGGGCUCGGACCAGAAGAUGUUGUCUUGUAGAGACGGAUCUGCUAUGCAACAAAUUGUUGUCAAAUCAAUGACCAGAUCAUUGAAUGAUUCCUGUGGGUUUGAGAUUACUAACACUAACUGGAGGAGGAAGUUUGAGCUGAUGGUCAAGGCCAAGGCUGACAAUCUGUAUGAUGGGGACGUCACGCUGAACCUCAAGUUAAUGGGAAGAGUAGUCACCAAAGGAAAAGCUGUAGGAAGUUUAGAACUCUACACCAUUCAGGUGACAGUCAAAGACAUGGAUCAUCCGGCCCUGUGUCGGUCUGUCAGUGGACCCCACGUCACUUCUUUUGAUGAAAGAUACUAUAACAACUUUAAUGAAGGGGAAUUUGUCAUGUACAAACACGCUACUUUGCCAUAUGAGGUACACACAUUUAAUCGUCGAUGCAAUAAUCGCGCCAUUUGCACCUGUGCAGUGGCUAUCAAAUCAGGAGAUGAUGUCAUUGUGGUCGAUAAAUGUGGUAAAGGAAUGACACAGAGAGAUCAGCAGCCAAUCAGAGUGUAUCUCUUCAAGAAUGGAGAUCUUACUCCGGGUACCAAAGUCUACAGACUGGAUGAAGGAAGAAAUUUCAAGGUCAUGCUUCCUGAGGGAACCGCUAUAAGCGUCAAAGUUUCCCCAGCUGGCCUCAAUGUCUGGCUCCUGGGAUCCAGUGUGGACUUCAACAAUACUCAAGGUCUGUGUGGAAAUUACGAUGGGAGGAAGCAAAAUGAUUGGAGGCUCCCUGACGGCUCUCUGUUCGACGUUCCAGGAUUGCGACCUGACCCAUUUUCUUUGUCUUGGAGAGUGAGGAGCAAUGAGAGUUUGCUAUCUGGAUCAUGUGACCAAAUGACUGCCCUUGACCCAGAUUUCUGUGAUUGCCCAGCAGGGGGUGCUUCGUCGUGUUUAUCUGAAUCCAGCUACCAGUUAUGUCCCCUGAACAGGAACCAACAGAGAAAUGAUCUAACGCAGUUAUUUGAGAGAAGAUACAUGCGGUCUGUUGGCUGUAGUGAUGAACAACGUGAAAUGAUGUAUGAGUAUGAACCAGAAUAUAAAGCCAAUGAUGUAGAUUGGCCCACCAUGUCUAACAUCACGUAUGAGAUGGCCAGAAACCAUUGCCUGAGUAUUCUACAGGACAACAAGAGGGCAGCCAUUUGUUCCAAUGUCACAGAUGUCACAGAAUUUCUUGACCUUUGUGUGUCAGAGAUCAAGAUUGAGGAUUCCUUUGGCAUGGCUUCUGCUGUACUAGAACAUCUAUCUGAGGUGUGUGAAGUGAUGUUGGCUCGAAAUGUGAGUCUCUGGACCAGUGACGGUGGGAUCCUUGCUCCGGACGCCACCAUUCUCGGAGAACUCUGUCUGAAUGAAUGCCAGCAGAGAGGACAGUGUGUAAACGGGAGCUGUGUUUGUAAGCCAGACUUUGGCGGUGCCGACUGCUCUGUCAACAUGACAGUGACACCUGCUGUGUGGUUCCUGGAGAAUAAUGGACUCUGUGACCUACAAGAGAGGCGUUGCAUGGAGGUGGUGGUCUUUGGGGGAAUGUUUGUCAUGUCAGACAAACUCACGUGUAGACUCACUCCCGUCAAGAUAUUGGAUGGAGGUUACAAUGCAACUGAGGAGGAAAUUUAUGUCCCUGCCACCCUGGUAACUUACAAUGAAGUCCUCUGUGCUCUCCCAUCUGAGGGAAGUCACAUGGUCUCGGUAUCCAAUGACAACGGCACAUGGAGCACACCUACUCUCCUGACGGUGUACAACAGCAGGUGUCAUGAGUGUGCGAGAUCAGGAGUUUGUCGGUUCAAGGAACAAAAGUGCUUCAUUGAAAAUGUAUGCUACAAUAUUGGCGAGUUUAAUCCAAGAAACUCCUCUCUAAUUUGUAAUCCCUAUGAGAAUUACGGCUCAUGGAGUGUUAAAAGAGACCAUCCUCUUGUCCGGGACCAACCAGAACUGUCCACAUCCUACAACCAGACCAACGGCCAGUUCUUGUUCCGUUGUGAGGGAGUAGUCAGUGCAGAGAAUGCUACACAGUCAUUUGUUGUAUGGAGUGUUGAUGGAAAAGAAGUGAAAAUGUCAGCAGUCAAUGAAACAGAUGACCGGAAGUUUACAUCAGAUAUGUCAUACCAAGAUCUUACUAAUUUCACAUACGGAUCAAAGGUGGAGUGUGGAGUGAAAGCCUGCUUCAUUGAUGACUGUGAGAACACCACUAGCCCUGUCCUCAACAGCAAACCCAUCACAGCAGCCAUUACAGUUAACAGACGGGACAUCCAGCUUGUUGAGGGAGGUGACUCCUCCGAGAUUGAGAUCCAGUUAGAGUUCCCUCCCUUCAUCUUCUGUCAAUCAGGGGACUGUGACAUCGUCGUAAGACCAGAGAUAGAGGCUGAGAAGGAACUGAAAUGUGAGGGUCAGACGGUGACUCAGAUCCUGGUAGAGCAGACCAGUGAGGGGGAGGGCCUGAGGAUAUCGAGGGAGAACUGGAGGAACAGGCUCGUGAUUCCUGUAAUGGCCAACAUGGACAUGCUAAAGGAUGGGGACCAGGAGAGGGAGAUAACUCUGGUGUCAUUUGUCAGGGGCAGGAAUGAGACAAAUAGAAACAGUGUCACAACAAAGAAGAAGGUGAAAGUGAUGGACAGACAUGAAUCUCACUUGUGCAGCUCUAUCAAUGACCCCCACAUGAGAACACUAGAUGGAAGAAAAUAUAACAACUUCUAUGAAGGUGAAUUUGUGCUGUACAGACACACUACAAGACCAUACGAGGUGCGGACUUUCUACAAAAACUGUAAUGGAAAGGCCUCCUGUAACUGUGCUGUCGCUGUCAAGGUGGAUGAUGAUGUCAUUGUGAUUGACAGGUGUAGCCAGGUUAAAGGUCGCAAAGUGGCAGCCAAGCCCAUUCAGACCAGGGCUUAUAUAAAUGGGCAGAUAACUCCAGGAUUUAGAGUAUACCAGACUGGCGAGGAAUACAGGAUUUACAUGCCAUCGGGAACAUACGUGGUCGUCAAGAAUGGCAAGAGAAGGACAAGUCAGUUUAUGAAUGUGUGGCUGCACGCAUCGCCAAUGGACUUCAACCACACAGAGGGUUUGUGUGGUACACUGAACGAUGAAAUGGACGAUGACCUGAUGAAGCCUGAUGGUACCGUGGUGAUAUCAAAGCAAAAACGUCCCAAUGCCUUCUCCAUUAGCUGGCGAGUCAACCCUGAUGAAACCCUAUUCAAUGGAUAUUGUCCUGAAAUAACCGGCACCACCACCACUACACAGGAAAAGUUUUACUGUGACCCAGUCAAUAACUUGACCUGUUCUAAACUGUUCACAGACUUCAGCUGCCAGCAGACCAAACUCAGGGGCAAGGACAUCACAGAGGAAAUAUUGAAAUCUGCCGAGACUCCCCAGAAAUGCAUCACCAUACAACCUCAGAUCUUUUUCGAAUAUGACGUGAACUACACAACACCAGAGAUAUCUUGGCCGAAGAAUGGUUUAAAUGCUACCACAGCCUACCAGCACUGUCUGGACUUUGUUCUCAAAACAAAGAUUGGUGCUUCCUGUAACGGUAAAACGGGCCUUUCAGCAGCCAUAGGUUUUGAUUUGUCGGUGGAAUCCUGCAUGGAGGACAUCGGGCUCACUGGAGACACAACUUGGGAAUUUGAGGCCCUGGAAAGCAUUAAGUUGAAGUGUAUAACAGAAAUUGUGACCAAUGUGGAAAUGUGGGUGACAAUAGGAGGAGUUACGGUUCCUGAGGAAGCUGUGGUGGCUGAAUACUGUUUAAAUGAGUGCAGUGGGCAAGGAACUUGUGUUAAAGGUCAGUGUCAGUGUGACCCAGGCUAUGGAAACAUGGACUGCUCUGUAAACAUCACGGUCCCGCCCACAAUAACGGGCAUUCUGAAUGGUCAGCUGUGUGAUGUCCGACAGAGUGAGGACGGAAAACAGUGCAAGAGGAUAGUCCUUAUCGGAGAAAACUUUCAGAAUAACGACUCUCUUGUCUGCCACUAUUUCAAUGAGCCCGGAAAAGAAGCAACUUAUCUAAAUUCUGAGUCUGUGGUUUGUCACAUGGAAACGCCCAGAACAGCCAAUGUGACGGUCAGCUACGGUGGAGAGAGGCAGAGUGACAUCAUCCGCUAUGUUGUGUACGACUCGUACUGCGAACAGUGUGAUGAGGACUCACUGAUCUGCGUGGAAAGGAAUGACACCUGUAAGAUUGGUGGCCAGUGUUUCUCUGCUGGGACUGUGUUUGCACAGGAUAAUAAGUAUGCCUGCAUGCCAGCAGUUAACAGGACCACAUGGACAAGAAUAGAGACUUCCACUAUCACUGCUGUCAGAAUUACUUACAUCUCUAUCAUCAGCAACAUCCUUCUUACCUCCUUUGGCAAUUUUUCACUGGGAGGAAGCCCUGCCUUGGUGGAUGGUUGGAAGGGUGGUCUGGCCUUGAGAUUUGAUGGAAAAUCCUACUUUGAAGACGAUGAUCCGAAUAGUUGUCUCAGGAACCCAGAACUCUGUGUACAGAUGGGAUUUUCCUUCAGGUUCUCUCUCAAGGUGUCUGCUCUGAUCGAUGAAUCGUACAUCUUCUCAUCCGGUGGAGAUUUGCCCAAUUAUAGAGGGGUGUCAUUGUUCCUCAGGAAAGGUCGUAUGUACCUGACCUUAAGUACAGAAGACUUUGAAUGGACUGUGGUGACGGUUUUCAGAAAAGUUGGAGUGUAUUUCGAUUUUGAAUUUUCAUGGGGCCUUAGCUAUGGUUUGGAGUGCUUCAUGGAUGGGGUCAGUGUUGGAAGAACGAUAGCACCAGUCAAAAGAACGAUCAAGGGAACCAAACAACAUGGGUUCAGACUGGGAGGACCGGUGCCGGGAGGGAGACGUGUGUCCUCAAAAUGUGAAGUGGGAACCACAACCCUGGUGAAGGCGGAGACCAGAAUUGUUACAGCUGUAGGAUUCGUGAUUGACAUUCCUGAGCUGACCAGCGUUCCAAUGCUUUCCGCUGCAUACAGUGAGAAUGAUACAGAGGCCCAGUUUCUGUGUAAGUUUGAGCGACUGAACCGUGGUGAUGUGGUGUACAAAGUUCAGUUCUUCGUGGAUGACAAAGAGGUCAAGGUCAUUGAAGGAGUGGAUGGAAGGGCUGAGAACUAUGCUAUGUCUGAAUCUGAAUAUGGUGAUGGAGGAUAUGGGGUUAAGUCUUAUUGCAUGGUGACACCAUGCUAUUCGUACAGUUGUCCAACCACACAAGGGCCGUCACGUAAAAGUAACAUCAUCACUGCUGAAGUCCAGAUUGUGACAAGGGAGAUUACUGUGGUAGAAGGAGGUUUACCUGGUAAUGUCAACCUGCAACUUACAGUGCCACCUAGGUUGUUUUGUGGACCAGAUGACAGGGCCAAUAACUCAUGUUACGUCAAAGUGAAUUCCUAUUUCUCUGACACAGAACAGCUUUGUCCCAAUUCCAACAGACUGAAUCAGGCAGUGAUUGGUUACAGUGUAACCAAUGAAAUGCGUACUCCGUUCUGUGGUAACAUGAUCACUAUGAGGAGCUGGGAGAGGAGCACGGUCAUUCCUGUGUUUGCUUCUAUUGACCUCCUCUAUGACAAGGAUAAAAUACGGAGCCUGUCUAUCCAAUCACAAGUCUUCUGUCAGGACAGUGUCAGUCACAAUACUACUACCACUUCAGUCAAGGUUACUGUGAAGGAUGGAGACAAGAGUGCUAUUUGUAAAUCUAUCAACGAUCCUCAUAUGACAACAAUGGAUAAUUGGCAUUACAAUAACUUCUUGGAAGGAGAGUUUAUUCUGUACAGACACAAGACAAUGCCAUAUGAAGUGCGUACAUUUUAUCGUAAAUGUAACCGAGGCAGAGCAACAUGUAACUGUGCAGUGGCAGUGAGAUCUGGUGAUGAUGUCAUCGUGAUUGACAGGUGUGGCCCGACUGUGACAACUUCUGGAAAAUACAAACCCAUCAAAAUCACACUGUUUCUCAAUGGUCAGCUGACUGCUGGGACUAGAAUUUUAUCCUUUGGCGGAGGAAAAAAAUAUGAAAUUCACUUGCCCCACGGUGCUGUACUGACAGUCGCUAACGGUAAAGGGAAGAGACCACAGUUCAUCAAUGUCUGGUAUAAAGCCUCACCAGCUGAUUAUCAACACUCUGAAGGUCUGUGUGGAAUUUGGGAUGGCGACAAGGACAAUGAUAAAACAAUGAGAGAUGGAACACUGUAUACAGGAAAGUCUAAACAGCCUGUGGAGUACUCGGAAAGUUGGAGGAUUGACGAGACAAAGGAAGCCUCCCUAUACACAGGCUUCUGUCCGGAGGACUUGGAGGCGGAGACUGAGUUUACUUAUUGUACCUGUAACACUAACACACCAAAUGUGUGCUCCGAACAGACCAUCCUGCAGGACUGCUCCCCAGCACUCAAAACAAAGAGAGGCAAAAAGAGGGGGAAGGAUAUCACAGCAGAGCUACUGGCAAAUAAUGUUGUUGAAUCCACCAAAUGUUUCCUUCAGGAGCCUCAAGUAUUGUUCCAGUACAAUUCCUCUCACCGUGCACCAGAAAUUGGCUGGCCUACACCUAAUGGAGUCACCCUGCAACAAGCCUUAGACUACUGUACGAGUUAUGUUACUAACUCUGCCUCCGGCAGUCUGUGUAAAAGCGUGAACAAUGUACAGUUAGACGAAUCCAUAGGCAACUGUGUAGAGGACAUCAAGCUGACUGAUGAUAAAGAUUGGGCUAUAGAAACUCUACAAAAUGUGAACCAGCAGUGUCAAAUUGAAAUUGUCUACAACAUCGCUAUCUGGGUGAUAGUGGGAGGAGAACUGGCUCCCCCAGAAGAUGUGUUUGGGGCCAUCUGUCCUGCUGACUGUAGCGGACAUGGAAAGUGCAAUGAUGGGGCCUGUGAUUGUGAUGUUGGUUAUGUGGGAGAGGAUUGCUCUGUCUCAGAAACUGACCCCCCAGAGCUGGAGUCCAUUCAGGGAGGGGCCUUGAUUGACAUCAGUGUGGGUGUGGCUAAAUACCUUGUUGUGUAUGGGGCAGACUUUGUGGACUCGGACAAACUUACCUGUCAUUAUUUCCUGGCAAACGGAACAGAACUGAACCUGCAGGCAGUCUAUGUGAAUAAAGACAACGUUCUUUGUCCCUGGACUGGAGUCAUUGGUCGCUUUGAAUUGAGGGUCAGUAACAAUGGUGUCAAGGUCAGUGGGCGGCUGCAGUUGGUGGUAUACAACUCUCUGUGUGAGGUCUGCACCCUGAUUAGAUGCACUCCCAGGCAAGAUGUCUGUGUUAUUAAUGGGCAGUGUUACCAGGAGGGUUAUGUCGAUCGUAAUGAUAUCAAACAAGUGUGUUUCACUCUCAAAUCCACUACCUCAUGGAGUGUACUCACAAGGACAGAUAUAACGGUGAGAAGAUUUGGCUUCCUGAGACUCGUCGGCAACAUUCUGUACACAGCUACAGCUAACAUCAUGUUCACCCUCUUUGGUUCUCCCCGUUUUGAGUUUGGUCCAACAGGUGCCAAGGCCCUCCUCCUGAAUGGAGUUGACCAAUUUGUGGACAUGGGCGAUCAGACUGCCCAGUGUAUAGGAAAUCUGGAUAAUUGUAAAUUGGGACUCACUGUCAAAUUCAAUUUCAAGGUCCUUAAAUUCUCCAAAAAAAUGUAUAUAUUUUCUAAUGGUGGAGAUGAGCCUGGUUCCUAUGGAAUGGCCAUGUGGUAUGAGAGAAAAAGACUGUAUCUGUCUAUAAGCACCUCCACCAAGAUCUGGACAGUCAGCACCAGGUAUACUACUCGUAACAAGUUCACGGCUAUUCAGUUCUCCUGGAGUGUUCAGCUGGGAAUCCGACUCUAUUUCGAUGGGACACUGGUCACAAGGACUGAAAAAUACUAUAAGAGGGAGGUCAAAAAUCUGUUUAAGAAGUUCUAUAUUGGGUGUUCAGUAAGCAGAAAAUACUUCUCCAAUAUUGUGGUGGAAGGAUGGGACAUUGCAGAAGCAGUGACGGAUGUUGUGAAGGAAUUGGAUGUCAGAAUUGAACCUCCUGAGUUUAAAGAUGCACCAGAUUUGAUUAUUUCUGUUAACAAAACAAGCCUGGAGACCCAAUUCCUCUGUAAGUUCCAGCAGCUGGAGAUCGCAAACCUUCAGUACACCAUACAGUGGUACCUAAAUGAUAAGCAGCUCAAAGAGGAAAUACUGUCCAAUGAUACUGAAAGCUCUCUAGACGAAAGUUACAUCACCCAGCUGUUUUAUGAAGACAAGAUAAAAUGUUCUGUGUCUGCCUGUGAACAAGGGAACUGUGAAAACACGAGAGGUCCGUGGAGGGACAGUGCGAUACUGGUGGCCAGAGUCCAGCUGAGUGAAACAAAAAUAACCACAUACGAGGGAGCAGCACCCACCAAUAUCAAGGUGACCACCACUGUUCCUCCAAGUCUGUUCUGUGAGAAAGAGGACAGGAAAAAGUACUGUCAAAUAGCGGUCUCAACUGUGCUCGUUAAAGAGAAAGAGACGAAAUGUCCGAGUUCAGGCGAGGAGAUCACGCAGGUCGUGUUUGGGGUGUACAAUUCCAAUGUGUACAAAACUCCAUGCUCACACCUCAUCACGAUGGAAACCUGGUCCACAGGACUGCAGCUCCCAGUCAAGGCCACGAUAGACAGCCUCAAGGACAAAGACAAGACGAGAAGUGUUCGCAUAUAUGUUACCAUGGCUGUACAGUCCGUGGUGUUCUUCAAUCAACAAAUCAGCACUGUAGAGGUGAAAGUUAAGGACGGAGAUAAGACGUCGACGUGUUCUUCUAUUAAUGACCCUCACAUGACAACAUUUGAUGGAAAGUACUACAACAAUUUCUUGGAAGGAGAGUUUAUACUGUACAAACACAAGUACUUGCCAUAUGAGGUGCGAGUGUUUUAUCGGAGCUGUAAUGGCAAGGCUUCCUGUAACUGUGCAGUGGCUGUGCGUUCUGGAGAUGAUGUCAUUGUCGUAGAUCGAUGUGGUCCAACCAUGGACAAGUCCUCAAAGAAAACACCAAUGACACUGAAAAUGUUCCUCAACGGGGCACUGACUGAGGGCACCGAGGUCCUCAGGAAAGCAGGCGGAAAGAAAUAUAUCAUUGUGUUGCCAACUGGUGCUAGACUUAUUGUGAUGAAUGGCAGGAAAAGAACUAGUCAAUUCAUCAAUGUCAAAUUCAAGGCAUCCUCUGCAGAUUUCAGCAAUACAGAAGGUCUGUGUGGAACAUUUGAUGAUGACAAGACCAAUGACUUAAUGAAGCGGGACGGAACUUUGUUUGGAGGACGUGGAAAACAACCAACUGAAUUCUCCAAAACAUGGAGGGUGUCAAAGGAGGAGAGUCUUUACCGGGGGUACUGUCCCAGCGGUGACACCAGGACUGUGGUGGAAAGUUACUGUGAUUGUAUGGAGGGUCAGGACGCCACCUGCCAAGAGGGACUGGACUUCAUGGCCUGUGAGGAGAUCGAGAAGAGAAAGGGGAAAACAAAGCACAAAAAAGGAGUCAAGAGUUUAACCCAAGCGCUCAUUAGAGACGCAGAGUCGCCUCCUACCCGAUGUGUCUCCACCCAGCCACCAGACGUGUUUGAAUUUGAUGUAAAUUAUAUACAAAGGGAGUUGACAUGGCCAACACCAAAUGGUAUUACCAAAGACAGAGCAAUUAGUAUCUGCCGAGGUUUUAUUGAGGCUAAAGAAUCAGGCAAAAGGUGUCUGAAUGUUCCGGGAAUGGACUUCGAGCCUAUACUGGAGGGCUGCCUGGAAGACAUUCAGCUAACUGAUGAUCUCACCUGGUCUAGCGAAAGUCUGGACAAUCUCCAGGAACAGUGUCUGGUCAUUAUUGAGGUGGAUGUCGCUCUCUGGAUCACCAUUGAGGGGGGUGUGGUGGCCCCACCCCCAGAAAUCACCGGCGCCAUCUGUCCCAAUAGUUGUAACGACAAUGGAACCUGUGUAGAUGGUGUCUGCCAGUGUGAUUUUCCCUGGAUUGGGGACGACUGUUCCGUCAAUAUCAACAAUGCACCCCAGUUGGAUGUCAUUGGCAAUGGAAAGCCGUGUGAUUUGAAUCGUUACGCCUGUAAUUCUGUCAAAUUGUUUGGAGAUGACUUUGCUGAUGUGGAGAACCUCACAUGUCAUUACAGAAAUCUAGCGAGAAACCUAACAGCAAUUUCCAGUGUGAUGACCAGCAAAGCAGAGUAUGAGAAUUCCGAGACGGUUGUGUGUACACUCCCAGGUGAGGGUUUGUACGAGAUAGCAGUUAGCAAUAACGGGCAGACCACCAGUUCAUACAAAGUGUACAUCAUCUACAACAGCUACUGUGAUCGCUGCUCCGAGACGGGCUGCACCACAAGGACUGAUGUUUGUGUGAUUGGUGGAGUGUGUUAUGAGAAUGGAUUUGUAAGACCGGAUCAGAAGACCCUGGCCUGUCGUCCUGAUUACAGCACAGAUUCAUGGACUGUACUAAGAGUGGAUGUUAUAUACGAGUACAGGUUAUUCUUUCUGAGGAUUGAAGGAAGUUUUCUGGUGACGGAGGCAGGAAGUUUCCAUCAGUUUGGUAACCUGGCACUGAGAACCAACAGAAAUAACAAGAAGUCCUUGACAUUUAAUGGCCGGGACCAGUAUUUAGGUGUCAGCCAUCUAGGAGAUGUUUGUCUUUCUGACCCCGACUUCUGUUACCUCGGAAUUACUUUCUCUUUCACGGUUCGCUUCAUCAGUCUGGCAAAUGACAUGUAUGUUUACUCCAGCUGUGGUUCGAACCCUAAAAGUAUAGGGUUUGAUCUGCGUUACGUCAACAAGCGUUUUAUUUUCACUGCCAGUACUCGCAGUAAGGAGUGGAGUAUUGAGUUUAACGAUGUUAAAACUGAUGUUUUCUAUGCUUAUCAAUUUUCCUGGAGUGUACAGUAUGGUCUAGUGUUUUACAUUGAUGGUGUAGAAAUUUCUCGUACUACAAAAUACACCACAAGGUCUGUGUCUGUGCCAGAAAAAUGUCCGAUAUACAUCGGAACAAACCAGGACCAAAGUUCGUUUGCUAAUAUGGAACUGGAGUAUCUUCAUGUGCUGCUGGCCUCCAGAGACAUUUUGAUUCAGCUAGGUUAUGUCAUCGGAUUUCCGGAACUCACAAGUUCACCAGUUCUCCGGAUCAAGACAAAUCCAGAUGAGAGUGCUCAGUUCCACUGUAUGUUUACUCAGCUGGCUGCAGAUGUAGAUUAUGUCGUGGAAUUUUUUGUUGAUAACAAAAUGGUUGCCAUGGUGACUAAUAACUCCAGUCCAGUAGCUAUUGAAGAAAGAGAUGUUGGUGACCUGCUGUAUGGAAGUUUUAUGUAUUGUGAAGUUAGUGUGUGCUACAGAACCAGGUGUGCGGAGUCGCGGGGACCAGUCAAACGCAGUAGCAUCAUAAGAAUGAUAAUGGAGUUUGAGGAAGAAAAAAUGGUCAUAUAUGAAGGAAAGCGGCCAGAUGAACGAAUCAAGGGUCGGCCUCUGAUUCCUCCUAGGUUGUUCUGUCCAGCUGGCAGUCGAGAUAUCUGUCAGUUACAGGUGAUCGCCUCCCUAAAGACAGGCUCCAAGGAAACCAAGUGUCUAGAUGGCAGCACCAUGCAGCAACUAGUUUUCAGAUCACCAAACACAAAUAACUCGGUCUGUUCAUAUCCCAUCAAAUGGGGCCAGGACAUUGAGAUUGAAAUUGAGGCCACUGUGGACCAAAUUAAGGAUGGAACGAAAUCCCGCAUCAUUCAGGUUCAACUGAUGGUGACUGUGGGACAGACCCACACAGUGGUUGACGUGGCCAGGAUUCCAGUGGAGAUUCGGGACUCCAAAUCUAUGGCUACGUGUCGUUCUAUAAAUGACCCUCACAUUACUACAUUUGAUAAGAGGAAAUAUGACAACUUCUAUGAAGGGGAGUUUGUUUUGUACAGACACAAGACAUUGCCUUAUGCAGUGCACACAUACUACAGAUCGUGCAACAAGAAAGCUUCCUGUAAUUGUGCAGUGGCUGUGAGAUCCGGUGAUGAUGUCAUCGUGUUGGAUGUCUGCGGCAAAGAAAGAUCGAAAGGCAAGAAGCGGCGUCCCCUGACCAAGAAACUGUUCUUGAAUGGACAACUAACCCCGGGGACAACAGUGUAUCAGCAUCACAAAGGAAAGAAAUACGAGAUAAAUUUACCCACUGGAGGACAGGUGAUUGUAAGGCCCAACAGGGAGUUCAUCAACGUCUGGAUGAAGGGAUCACCCGUGGAUUAUGAAAAUGUGGAAGGUCUCUGUGGAAAUUAUGAUGGUGUUAAGAACAAUGAUUUGGUGACUAAAGCUGGAAAAGUUAUCGAUAAAAAACAACCAGACGAAUUUUCCAGAGAAUGGAGAGUGCCUGAAGAAGAAAGUCUAUACUCGGGAUUCUGUGGUGCUGUCACAACUGAUGAUCUCUCUGGGUCAGAUUACUGUGAAUGUGGGGCAGGGCUGACCCCCCAGUGUAGAGCUAGCCCUGUCAGUGACUGCGGAAGUUUCUCCAAAGCCAAAAACAGGAAGAAGAAAAACAAAAAACUUGUAGAUAUCACUCAGGACCUGGUGGAUGAAGCCCAGUCUAUGAUUUGUGAAUCCACUAUUACCAGGAUCAUUUUUGAAUUUGACAUCACCUAUACCUUCAUUGGUGUCAAUUUCCCCACACCUAAUGGAAUCACCCAAGAAAUGGCUAUCAACAACUGCACCCAGUUUAUUGCUUUGUCAGCUGCUGGUAACGCCUGUGGUGCUAUUGCCAAUGUUGAUGUACAAGGCAACCUGGAGAACUGCAUUGAUGAUGUCAAGAUAGUGGACAGUUUUGAAUGGUUGACUGCUGCCCUGGAGAACUUACAAGAACAAUGUGUGGUUGCUAUAGAAAAUGAUGUUACUCUGUGGAUUGUGGAUGAGGGUGGUGUCCCUGAACUACCAGAUGUCAUUGAGGUCAUCUGUCCUUUGGACUGUAAUAAGCAGGGCUCCUGUGUCAAUGGGUCCUGUGUGUGUGACACUGGAUUUGCUGGUGAGGACUGCUCUGUGCCUGCCAAUUCUCCCCCUGAUGUGGUGGGUGUGGUCGAUGCUCUCUGUGACGUCAGUCAAGGGCCUUGUCUGUACUUCUUUGUUCAAGGCUUUGGUUUCCUGGAUCAGCCCUCUCUCACUUGCCACUACACAUUGGCUGAGAACAAUUCCCUGGUGAAUAUGACCGCUAUAUUUAGAAGCGAGGAGGAGGUACGGUGCCCCGCAUACAGAGGAAGUCUGGCUAUCAGUAACAACGGUCUUCUCAUCAGUGUAUCAGUACAAGUUAUCGUGUACGACUCGGUCUGCGAGACCUGUAACGAUACUGUCUGUACAUUGAGGUCUGAUGUGUGCAGGAUAAGCGGGAAAUGUUACGCUGAUGGUUUCGUCAAUCCUCUGAAUGUGAACCAAAUCUGUGACGUCAACACCAACAAUCAGUGGUCUACACUUAAUGUCCAAAACAUCAUUGUAAAGAACUACCUCUUCAUAAGAAUUGUGGGUCAACUCUUGAUAACUAGGACUUUCGACAUCACCAUUGGUGGAACAGGAAUUCCGACCCUGAUUCCAGGAUUUGCUGGUGGAAAUGCAGUUUUACUGGAUGGAAAGCAGCACCUGACUUACGGAGAUCAAACCGACUCAUGUUUUGGUGAUGUGGAGAAAUGUACAAAAGGAGUCACUAUUCGAUUCAAUCUGAGGCUGACUAAACACAGCUCCAAAUGUUUUGUGUUCAGCAAUGGAGGAGAGGAAGCCUUAAAUUACGGAUAUGCCAUGUGGUUUGAAAACAACAAGCUCUAUACCAGAACCAGCAACAGGAGAUCGGAGUGGACUAUCUCCACUUCGUCCGUUAAAGUUGAAAAGUUCAUGCAGGUGGAAAUGUCAUGGAGUCUUCAGAAUGGUUUACAACUCAGCAUUGACAAAGAAGUUAAGGUUUCAAGCAAGAGAUUCAUCAGUCGGCCCUCAAAUACGUACACAGCUGUGAAAGAUUUUGUGAUUGGUGGGUCAUCAAAGAAGGACAGGAAUUGUGGAAUGGCUAUUGACUCUUUCACUAUUGUGUUUGCUUCAGCUGAAAUUAUCAAAAGAGCAGGGAUUAAAACAGAAUUGCCAUCCUUUGAGAAGUCCCCUUCACUUUCCCGCCAUGUGGACAGGAACCAGGUGUCCCUUCUGUGUGUGUUUGAGUCACUGUCCCCCUCCCAUUCUUACUUUGUGUCCUGGUAUGAGGAUAGCAGGCUGCUGAGGACUGUAGACACUGGAAAUGAGACCAGAGCUGUACUAACUGAACAAGACAUGGGAGUUCUGAACUUUGGUGCAGAGUUAUACUGUGGGGUAUCAGCCUGUCUAGCUGACAACUGUAACAACACCAAAGGACCGGAGAAAAUGAGUGACAGAAUCAGCUCAGCCGUCAAGAUUUUGUCCAGUAAAGUGACAGUGUAUGAGGGAGGAGACACAGAGUGUGUUAAGUUAGAGACCCCCUUCCCACCACGAUUGUUCUGUAAUACCACAGACAACACCACAGCAUGUGGCAUCCAUGUUUCCUAUGGCUUCAAAUCUCACAAGCAGACUAAGUGUGCCACAGGUCGGUACAUACCCCAAGCUGUAUUCAAACAGAGUGAUGCCGUUACCACGCCAUCUUGUGGAGUGACUGUGACUGACCAGCAGUGGAUGAAGCCGGCUUGUGUCGAAGUCUACGGAGUUCCCGAGGGCCUCAAGGACAAAAAUAAGAAUAUAGAUGCCCAGCUAGAUGUUUCCAUUCUCACUGGUACAGUUGUCUCCCCUGUAUUGGUCAGUUACACGGUGAAGGUGGAGGUCAUUGAUAAGGAUAAAUUGUCCAUGUGCCAGUCUGUGGGAGAUCCACACAUUACUACGUUUGAUGACAGGACAUAUGAUGUCUUCCAAGAGGGAGAAUUCAUUCUAUAUCGACAUAAAACACUUCCUUACGAGAUUCGCUCCUUCUUCCGCUCCUGUAAUAAACGAGCUGCCUGUAAUUGUGCUGUGGCUGCGAGAAUUGGUGAUGAUGUCAUAGUUCUGGACAGAUGUGGAGCCAGCAACAAAAAGGCCAAGAAACAGCCGCUUGUUCCGAAGCUUUACCUGAACGGAGAGCUGACAACAGGAACAGCCAUUACCAGAUUCAAUAAUGGACGGAAAUACAAGAUUGUAUUCCCCACUGGAGGACAGUUAAUUGUAAAGGUGAAUGGUAGAAAGAAGGAAUUCCUCAACAUUUGGUACAAAGCGUCCGCUGACGAUUACCUCAACUCGGAGGGUCUAUGUGGACAUUAUGAUGGAGAUUCCAGCAAUGAUCUGUUGUUACCUAGUGGUAGAUUGUACUCAGGAAAAGAAAGGAGACCCAAGGAUUUUUCCAAGAGCUGGAGGAUUGAUGAAAUGGGAAUUGAGACCAUAUACUCUGGAGUCUGUACUGAUGAAGUGAAUGGGGUGGUUCCCCCACUCCCCAUAUACUGUGAUUGUAACCUUGGAUCCGCCCCAGUCUGUGGAGCAGAUCUCGACAUUUCCUACUGUACCAAGCCUGGCAAAAAAGAAAGAAGGAGGAAGAAAGGACUUGUGGGCGAGGAGAUAACUGACAUGGUGAUUCAGCAGGCUGUCUCCCCACCCCCCAAAUGUCUGUCCCGAGCAGCGCUUAUUCUGUUUGAAUACAAUGCUACAUACAUUGCACGGGAUUAUACAUGGCCGACUCCCAAUAAUGUGACGGAGGUAGAAGCGUUUCAGAAGUGUAAGACGACAGUCGAGGCCAACGUCGCUUUCCAGGGCUGUAAAAAUGUCCCAGAUAUUGGAUUCUCCGUCUCUCUCGACUCGUGUGUCAUUGACAUUCAGAUUAUGGACGACCUUAGCUGGGCACAGGAAGCUAUAGCAGCUGUUAUUCAGCGCUGUCAGACACAGAUGGAAAUCAAUGUAGAGCUCUGGGUCAAUGUCUCCGGCGAAGUCAUCCCAAGUCCAGCGGUAAUAGACAAUCUGUGUCCUAAUGCCUGCAGUGGACAGGGAACAUGUAAAGAUAGUGAAUGUACCUGUAAUUCCGGUUUCUAUGGGGAUGACUGUUCCAUUGACCUGACGGCACCACCUGCAGUUGAUGACAUCCCCGACUACCUGUGUGACCUUUUGAAGUCUGACUGUAGAACUGUCAUCAUUAAUGGUGAUGGCUUCCUUCAGAUUGGAACGCUGAUCUGCAAAAUUCAAAAAUUAAGAAGACAAGGAGUGGAGUUUGUUAUGGACGGAGGGUCAGUGACGAUCAAUGCCAGCUAUGUCAGUCGUGAACAGGUCAGCUGUAAAUUGCCGAACUCUGGAGUGUACAAUGUCAGUGUCAGUAAUGACGGAAAUAACUUCGGAGCGGAGCUGACCUUCAUAGGUUAUGACUCCUCCUGCUACACCUGUCAUGGGUCUGGAUGUUCCCAAAGGACGGAUGUCUGUUUGAUUGGAGGUGCCUGUUUAGGACGAGGAUUUAAGAACAUUGGAAAUUCUCUAGAAGUUUGUUCUCCUAAUAGAACCAUGACUGCUUGGACAACAAUCACACGUGAAAUCAUAGUACAAAUCUCUUACACCUUCAUCACAAUCAUAAACAACGUCCUGAUUACUCGGUCCACCAACUACACAGUGAUUGGAAACCCCUCCCUAGUGACCGGUCCCACUGGUCAAGCCCUGCAGCUGGAUGGGGCCACUCAGUACAUAGAUCUUUCUAACAGUGACAAUGGCUGCCUGGGUAACCCUGCUCAGUGCGAGUUUGGUCUGUCUGUGACCUUUAACCUGAAGUUUGUGACCUUCACGGAGAACAUGUACAUUUUCUCUAAUGGCGGAGAUGAGCCUGAUGGAUUUGGAGUGGCUAUGUAUUACCGUAGAAACCGACUAUUCCUGACGAUCAGUACAGAGACCAGAGAGUGGACAGUGGAGACGACCUUGAUCAAGGUCAAUGUGUUCUACGCGGUUGACUUCUCAUGGAGUGAACAGACUGGUUUAGUACUUUACUUGGAUGGUAAAGAAGUGGCUUCAACAAAAACUUACAUCACAAAGACUGUGACUGUGACCAUUACGACCAAGUUCUACAUUGGUCUGUCCAUCAACACAAACAUCUUUGCUAAUAUUGUCAUAGAGGGAUGGACGGUUACCGAGGCUACCAGAGAGACACGAGACGAAAUAGUCAUGGAGACCACCACAGAGGCUGAAACAACGACGGAAACAGAAUCUACUACAGAAAUGUCAACAACAGAGUCCUCUACAGAAAUGUCAACGACCGAGUCCUCUACAGAAAUGGAGACCAGCACAAUGUCUUCACCAGAAACCUCUACUGAAGCAUCGACAGUAGAACAGACAACCACAAGUCUGGAAACAACAUCUGAAGCACUUACAAGGGACACAACAACAGAUUCUGAGACAACAACAGAUGGGAGCAGUGUUCCAGCAACGAUCAGCACAACUGAAGGCCUGACAACCACAGAACCUCAAACAACCACCACACAGUUAGAAAAUACAAGUUCUGAACCAGUGUCAACCACCACAGAACCAGUGUCAACCACCACAGAACUGGCCUCAUCCACCUCAGAACCAGUGUUAACUACCACAGAACCAGACACAACAACAGCACAAGGUAUAACCACCCCUUUAAGAGAAACUGUCACAUCUGAGACAACAACAGGUGAAACAACAGAACAGACAAGUUCAGUAGAAUCAUUGACAUCUACCACAGUAAUACCACCCACAACAUCACAACAACAAACAACCACCCACCAGGUUACACUGUCAUCUAGCACAAAUCAGCCGACACCCACCACACAACAAUUUACAACAGAUCAACAGACAACAUCACACUCAGUCACAACAGAAACAAGCACACAUCCCAGCACUGAACAAAGGACAACUACGAGAGCUAGCCAAGGAACAACUUCCCCCACAGAAGGAGCUACCAAGACAACAGCAAAACAGAUAGAUACGACAUCUCUAGUAACAACAACAGCUGCAGAAACAACAAUGGCUACAGAAACAACAACAUUGGCUGCAAAAACCACAACAACAGCUGAAACAACCACAACAGUCCCAGGCACAACAACACCUUGUAACAUCGGAGCGAUUUCUACAGCACCCACUCUGGACAAUUUGGUUUCCGCUGACUAUCAGAAGGUUAUGUUUGAUUGCUCGGUCUCGCUGUCGGCAGGAAGUGGUGCUCUGUAUACUAUCUGGUGGUAUGUAGGGGAGACAAUUAUCAAAAGACAGAGUCUGACAUCGGGAACCAGCGUAGGCAGAAUGGAGUCGACUGAGAUCACCGACACAGCGUCUGCUUUAACACAGGGGGUAAGCUGUGGUGUAGUUGUGUCGUACCCCAGUACUUGCGGACAGAUAACCAGCCCGGUCACGAGAAGUACCACACUUCAGUAUCAAGUCACAAUUAAUGAGGCCUCAUACAUCAAGAUCGUAGAAGGUGAUGCUGCCUACCCAAUACAGGUGGACCUUACCACAUCUGCUCAGUAUUACUGUGCCAUGAAGUACACAGCCAGUUGUGACAUCAGAUUCAAUGGAAAGGUGGUGCGGCCAACACAACCCAAGAGGUGUCCAGAAGGUGGAGAAAUCCCCAACAUUGUGGUCAAAUCUUCACUGACCAAUGCUGCCUCGCCCACCGAUGCUACAUGUGGUCCAGUGGUGACAGGAAAUGUAGUCUCCACCCAGAUCUAUGUGAAGGCAAUGGUUGACAGGAUGAAAUUUGGAAACAAAAACAGCACACUAAACAUUUUACAGCAAGACAAAGUGGGUCAAACAGUCAAGGCAGAGAUCCUUCUGAAGAAAAUAGAGGUUGAAGUUGUUGAGAUGGACUCAUUAGACCUCCACCACUGUCAGUCUAUAAACGACCCUCACAUCAGGACUUUUGAUGGAGUUUACUAUGACAACUUUAGACCUGGCGAGUACUUGCUAUACAAGAACACAAAGUAUGAAGUAGAGGUUCGUGCUGCUAUGGUGCGCUGUUCCUCGGGAACCUGCAACUGUGGUGUGAUGGUGCGUUCUGGUGACGACGUUAUCAGGGUCGACAAGUGUAAAUGGGUCAACAAGACGCCUACAGCUUAUCCAAUCAAUGAUGAACUCUUCACUAACGGAGAUCUGACACCCAAAACUCAGAUCUUCCAGGAGAACGACGGGAAACAAUUCCAGGUCAUGUUACCCACAGGAACUAAAGUUACCAUCAAGGACUCGUACCAGGCCUACAUCAACAUUUUCAUUUACCCGUCUGCCUCAGACUUCAACAAAACUGAAGGCUUAUGUGGUACUUAUGAUGGCAACCAGGACAACGACCUCUUGGGACCUGAUGGGGUCAUUACAAAAGUCCCCGGUGCAAAUGAACGGCCGGAUGAAUACAGUGUCAAAUGGAGAUUUUCUGAGUCCAACUCAAUAUUCAAUGGUUACACGUCAACAGUCUCCAUGGAGACCCCUCUCUAUUGCUCUUGUUACAGUGAUGGAACAAAGUCAUGUGACUUCUUUGGUGAUGUCAGCACAUGUGGUGUUACUAACAAAGGUGUGGAUUUGAAACCAGACCUCUUGACCCCACAGGCUGGUCUUUUGACCCCGUCUGUUGUUGGCAGACGAAAGAAGAGACAGGCCACAGGAGACACAGUGACCUAUGACCUUGCCUACAAUGCUCCUGCUGCUAAUGCUCCUUGGCCUUCCAAUCUGAAUCUGACGGAAGAAGAAGCCAGGCUUAUGUGUGGUAACUACCUUGUGAACUCUAAAGCAGGCAUCAACUGUCAGAAUCUGUUGUCUGGAAACUACUCCCAAGACAUCCAGAACUGUGUGCAAGACUACAAGCUGACUGGCCUGACUAUCUGGAAGGAGGAUCACUUGGGAGGAAUACAACAGAAUUGUUAUGAGGAGGUUCUGAAGAACACAGAGCAGUGGAAUAACCCUGACACUGCCCCAUCCUUACCAGCCACCAUCACCAGUGCUCUCUGUCCCUUAGACUGCAGUAACCAAGGGCAGUGUGUAGAGGGUGUCUGUGAUUGUAACGCGGGCUUUGGUGGAGCAGAUUGUUCCAUCUCUGUCAUCACCGCUCCUGUGGUUCUGUUAGAAGACUCGAAUGUGGCCUGUGACACACUCAAUAACAACUGUACACUUGCUGUCAUCAAAGGCGACCGAUUCCUCAACAGCUCUACACUUACUUGUCACAUGACAGAAAUCCAGAUUAAUGGAGUGGGUAUUUCCCAGCGACUGACAACUACUCAAAACACGGCCAUCUUUAAAAGUUUCUCCUCACUGCAUUGUCCUCUCCCAGCCAGGAAGAGCUACGCCAUCAAGAUCAGCAAUGAUGGGACACACACCAGUGUUGGCGAGUCCGUGUUCAUCCUCUACCAGUCCGACUGCUACACAUGUGAUGUGGCUGCUGAUAGAACACACGGAAACUGCUCCAUGCUGACAUCUUCGUGUUUGAUCAGCAGUGUCUGCUAUUCAGGAGGGACAAGUAACCCACUCAACUCCUGUCAGCUGUGUUCUCCCUCUGUGUCUCAGUUCUCGUGGACGUCGUCUACUGCUGCAGGUUGUCCUGAAGUGCGCAGUACCACGGAAGCCAUACCGCCCAACAAGGCAGUGGUGGACAUAAAUUCUCAGACAGUGGUCAUCAUAGCCUCAGUGGCUGCUGCUAUCUUCCUGGUCAUCUGUAUUGUAGUAGCUGUUGUCUUUGUUGUCAGAUACAGAUCACAGAAAAGAAAAGAGAAAUUCAUGAAGCAGUUUGAGCCAGAACACAGUGUAUUCAGCAAUGAAGCAUACGAAAAGGCAGAAUGGCGACCAGCCUAUAAUGACCCAACAGGUGCCUCCGUGUACAACUAUCAACCUAGUGGUAACGUGGCAUUCUACGACACCCGAAUGGCACUGGACGAUUAUUUUGAAUGAACGUACAAUACAUCCAACUGAGACACAAUUAUGGGUCUCGCUAUAUUAAGAAUUUUGAGAGAUGAUAGUCAUAUUUUGAGAACUUUUAAUGUAUACCCAAAGUGAUGUAAACUACAUUUUGAUUUUUUUUAUACCGGUUUGACAUGUGAUAAAAAUGUAAGACAUAAAAUCUAUUAUUUUGUAAAAUCUAUUGGAAGUUAUCAUAUUUGUUGAAAGUGGUAUGGUUUUAUAAAAUGCAAUUAUUUACAUUUUGAGCAAACUUUUUAUAUGUGUUGUCAAAUGAUGAGAGUGUUCUAUUAAAAGCUGUAUAAUAGGGUAAAAAUAUUGAAUUGGUGCUUUUUAUAUUGUAUUUUAAGAAAAUUCACCAUAAACAAAUUGUAUUGCACAAGAAUAAAGAAGAGAGAAAACGAUAUAUGUAUGGAGUGCAAUGGCAUUUAGAUCAAGAAAGUUGGGACUCUAAUUUUCUCAAAUAUUAGAAGAUGUGUGACACAAUCUUUUGGCAACUAUACAAAAAUUGAGGUAAAAAUGCUUACCUAUCAAGGGAUCCCAAGUUUUGUUUUUGGUGUGUAUUGUUUUUUAUGCAUUUGCAUGUCUUCAUGCCAUAAUAAAUUUCAUAGUAUGUCUAUAUGGUUCCAUUAAUCAGACUCUAUGUGCCAAGUACAUUUGAUAUAUUUUUCUGCUGUUGGUAGUUACUUGAUGAUGAUAUAUUUACAACUCCUACAGUAGUAGGUGCAUUACCAGUACUUUAAUAUACUGUAACUGGACUUUUUGUCUUUAUCUUUAUUAAUUCAUGCAGCAAUCUAGACUAUGUCUAUGUAUACUUGUAUGCCAGUCCUUAAUUUUUCUCUGUCUUGAAAUUUGUAUGGUUAUUUUGUUCUUCUAAGGUUAUCCAAAUAAAAUUUAUUUUACUUAGA